AUGGCGAUAAAAAGUAAAUUUCCAACUAAAAUACCACUAAUUGUAGAAAGAUACCACAAAGAAAGGAGCUUGCCGACUUUAGACAAGACGAAAUUCCUCGUUCCCGAAGACAUAACAAUGUCACAGUUUCUAGUUAUUAUUCGCAAUAGGAUCAAAAUUAAACCAAAUCAGGCGCUGUACCUUAUAAUCAACAAUCGGUCCAUGCUUAGCAUGAGUCUCACUAUGGCCCAAGCUUACGAGGCCUACGGUGAUGAAGACGGGUUCCUCUACAUCACGUACGCAUCACAGGAAGUUUUCGGAUAUCAGGACGAUAUGACGGGAUCAAAUAAGGAGGUUCAAGUCAUUAGAGAUAGAUUUCCCAACAAGAUUCCGCUGUACGUGGAGAGAUACGCAAGAGAAAAAGAAGUGCCAGUCCUCGGGAGAAACAAGUUUUUAGUACCGCAAGAACUAACGAUGUCCCAGUUUCUGUACAUCAUAAGAACGAAAAUGAAAUUGAGGGACUCUCAGGCAUUGUACCUGCUAGUGAACGACAAAGUGUUGGUGAGCCAUAGCAUGACAAUGGCCCAGGCUUACGAACAGUUCCGGGGGGCAGACGGCUUAUUGCACAUCACCUACGCUGCACAGCAAGUCUUCGGAUGA